AUGAUCUCUACUCUUCUCGAUCACGAGGAUGCGUCUUUGCGGCGCAAAGCAUUGGAGCUUCUCACCGACAAGCUAGCUAGUCUAUAUGGGUCAUGUCCUACCUCCAGUCAGUCGAAUAUCCUUUCACCAACUGCCGCGGUCACUGUUGUCUCCGCUAUAUCAAGUGGUACAAGUAGAGUUGGCAGUGGCACAGGCACAGGAGGCAAUGGAGCUGGUACACCUCCUCUGGCGCGGACCCUCGAUGUAAGACUGGAGACAGGGCUAAUUAAACUUACCAACUGGUUGACACGCUGCCUCUACACUGCAAUUACAUCCUCCGCACACACUUCUAGUAGUUCCCUCGGAGUAGGAUUUGGAAUGAAUACACAACUUUGUCUCACAUGCCUUCGUGACCUCGCCAGAUUACUUGCUGGCCGCUACCCUGGAGAAUUUGUAAACUAUACGAGACACCCUUUUCCACCAUAUGAUGGACGUCUGGGAUUGUACCACGUCCACGGUCCGACUUCGGAAUUUAUCAUACAUACAAUGGACUCCGGACUAGGUGCGUUCCUCUAA